AUGCCUCAUAAAGCAGAACCUGAGGUAGCGGCCUCAAAUAGCGUUUACGCAGUCGACGAUAAAAUGUCGACCAACUCCCUUAAAACCAACACUGACGACAUAAGAAAGACAUCUCGACUCAUCCUAGAUAUCAUAUUCGAAUACGCCCUGAACAAAUUCGAUGACUCCAAGGAUAGACUGGAAGCGGGUGCUGACCAUUUCCUAGACGUAAUUGACCGUUUCGUGGCUGAGAGAAAGCGUGUGGACUCAUGUCUCCCUGCGUUCCCUUUCAAGUCCGCAAACAAAGUGUACAAAGUACUGGGAACUCUGCCUGACAUGGCCGAGCAAUUGGCCCUUGAACGGCUAAAUACCAUGUGUGCACGUAUACGGGAUAUAUACCCACCGGGUGCCCAAGUUACCAUCAUUUCGGACGGUAUCACAUAUAACGAUCUUCUCUCAAUAUCUGACCAAGACACCUGGGCCUAUGGGGAGGCUCUACGCAAGAUGGCGAUUGACAAGAAGUUUAUUUAUAUCCAGUUCUCCAGAAUGAAGGAUUUGCUAGACUUCCCCCUCCCUGAAAAGCUCACUGAAAUUACAUAUGUUGCGAACUGCACCACCUUUCGCCGUCUGCUCAUAAAUCGAUAUGGCAGGGAUGAUCUUGACAUCGACCAGGAAAUUACGGCAAACCCUGAUACAAAGCUCACCUAUCUUGGGUACAAGAGGUUCUUAGAGUCUGAUCUGAAGCACAUCUUCCCUCGUGGCGUCGGCCGCAGCGCUCAUAGCUACAAGAGGGACUGCAAAUACCUGGCCAAGCAGAUGCUCAUGCGAGGUUAUGCUUUUGCUGGUGCAGUCAAGAACGCGUUCCCCAACUAUUUACGACUCUCCAUUCAUGAGUCGGUUGGUUUGAACAAAGUCUCUGUAUGCUUGUUGAAUACCAAAACUGGGUUUACAACGCCGUGGCAUUGCGCCGUUGCCCAAUUAGCUGAUGGUGAAUGGGUUAGCGCUCCAAUGGGUGAAUUUGCCAAAGACAGCAGGCUAGAGGUUGUAUACGUUGAUGGUCGCCCCAGCCAUUAUAGAGAGAAGCUUCGUGAGAAUGGUGUUUCAGCCAUUACUGAGUCAACUGCCAGUUAUCUUCAAGCAGCUCGACCUGUGAAUGCUACUGGAUAUCUUAGCGGUGCAUCAACUCCGGGCACUGCCUCGCCUAGCUCUUUUUCGGCAUCUCCACCUCGCACAACCGUUCGAAGCAGUGGCGGCACUACCCCUGAAUCUGAGUCCCCUCCCACCUUACACAAAAGCGGUCUUGGGGUUGUGCUAGGCAACGAUAUGAAUAAUCAUAAUGUGCCGAAAAAAUCGAAUGUGCUACCAUCUGUCCCUUAUGGCAAGCGGCUGAUCCCGCAGAUCAUGGACGAACUGGCAGUUUCCCAGCCUGAAAGAGUUGUAUUCUCGUUGGCGUCUCUUUCUGGCAAUGAUCUAGUAUUUAGGGAAAUAACCGCCUGUGCGUUCAAUAAGGCUGUUGACAAAACCGCCUGGUGGCUUCGGAACCAAGUUGGAAUACCUGACUCGGUACAACCUGUUGGUUACAUUGGUCCACAUGACCUGCGACACGUUCUCUUGACUUACGCCUGCGUCAAAGCUGGCUACGCUGCUCUUUUUCUUUCCCCCAAAAAUAGUACUGUGGGAGCGGUCUCUGUCCUCGAGACAACAAAUUGCAAUAUCUGGGUCAGUGCCAGUGAGGUAGCCCCUGAGCCGCUUGUUGAAGAAAUAUUACGAGAUCGUCCCAUGAAGUUAUUGCAGCUGCCUCUACUGGAAGAGCUACUUGAUGCUGGGUCCACCGAGGCUUUCCCUUUCUCAAAGAACUUUGAGGAGGUUAUCAAUGAGCCAUUCUGCUACCUCCAUACGUCAGGUAGUACGGGGGUGCCAAAACCGAUUCCAUGGUCCCAUGGUCUCAUCGGUACCAUGGACGCAGUCCGAUUGCUACCCCCAGCUCCAGGGUUUGAUGGAUUGCUUCCCUGGACUUCUGACUGGUUGGAUGGAGAUACAAUCUACUCAUCGUUCCCAAUGUGCCACGGGGCUGGAAUUAUUAUGAAUAUCCUUAUGCCUGCAUUUUUCAACUUGCACUGCGUUUUAGGUCUAGCUGGAGCGCUUCCAAACAUUCGACUUGUCGAGACUCUUGCUGAUAAUGUCCAAAUUGAUAUCUGGAGCAUGGUCCCCUCUCUUGCUAAUGAACUUGGAGAAACACCAGAGGUACUCGCAAAACUCAAGUCAUCGAAGUUCAUUUGCGCAUCCGGUGGCCCUGUUAACCCAAUUAGUGCUGGUAAGGUUAAUGAUGUUGUGAGGGUUCUGAAUUUGACCGGAACGACUGAAGGCCUCUUUAUUGGCAAUCUUGUUACUCCAAGGGAAGAUUGGUUUUGGUUCUGCUUCCACCCCUACUCGGGGUUCGAGUUCAAGGAGAUUGGGGAGGAUACUUAUGAACAUUGGAUACAUCGCAACGAACACUGGCCUCUCUUCCAAGGUAUCUAUCAUACCUUCCCGGAAAAAGAGUCAAUCAAUUUCAAAGACUUAUAUAUGAAGCACCCUUCCAAGCCCAACCUGUGGGCUUUCAAGGGCAGAAGUGAUGACCUCGUGGUUCUAUCCAAUGGAUACAAGAUAACUCCACUUGAAACUGAAUCACUGGUUUCAACCCAUCCUGCAAUCAAAGGGUGCAUUCUUUUCGGAACUGGAAAGCCACAGGCAGGUCUUCUCAUUGACCUAAAAGAUCCAUCUCAGAAGUCGGACGAACUAUUGGAUAGCAUCUGGGAGACAGUGAAGAAGGCUAAUUCGAUGUCUCGCCACAAGGACCAGCUGCUUAAAGACUUUGUAACAUUCACAAAGCCCGACAAACCGUUUAUCUACACCGAUAAGGGAACAGUGAAGCGGGCAGCAACCUUGGCUCUGUAUAACAACUACAUUGACAGAUUUUACAGUUCCUUAAGUGAUGACCCCGAUGAAAUGGAUGCUGUAUUCCCCAUUAACAUGGAGUCAACUGAUGCAAUCGAGAAUGGAGUUCGUGAGAUCUUGGCGUCUUCAGUACAAGAAAUACAACAGGCUCCUGUGGACACAGAUCUAUUCGAGCUUGGCCUUGAUUCUCUUGGUGUUUUUGCGGCCAUCAAGAAAAUUCGAAUGGCGACUGGCUUGGGUGAAAGUAUUGCACCCAGGCACGUGUAUGCUAACCCUACACUUGCUAGUCUGUCCAAAACUAUUGCUCAGUUAGCUGAAGAAGCAAAAGCAAAGGCUGCCAGCAAGGCUGGCCCUUUGAGCCUGCCGAUGGACGAUGAAACAGCGAAACUAAGGAGAAUGAUUGCUCAGCACCAGUCAAGACAAUCUUUCAAGCUGAAUGCAUUGGACUAUGUCAACCCAAAUCAUAACAUGGGGCUUGUCUUUUAUUUCUCUCUCCGAGAUGGGGUCAGCUACCAGGAAGUGUUCAACAAUUUGCAAGAGGGUCUCAAUCGCACAUUCGACUUGAUCCCAGCUCUGAGUGGCAAGAUUAUGCAUUGUUCGGAGCAGGAGAUUGGCUAUAAGAAGGGGGACCUUUGCGUGACGAUUCCUCCACUAUCCAUGGCAGCUGCCGCUGGAAAUCGUCUUGUAUACAAGGACCUUUCGAGUAUUCUUCCUUCGUUCGAUAAACUGCGACAGGCUGAUUUUGCCCCAUCACUCUUCAAAGAUAGCCUUGUUUUACGUGAUGAUCCGAUCACUAAAAUACCCGCGGAUAUUUUUGCUGGACAAGUCAACUUCGUUGAAGGAGGUUGCAUUGUUGCUGUUGACUUGAACCACUGCUGUUUAGAUGGGCUUGGUGCUAUGAUUGCUCUGAAGGUCUGGGCUGAAAACUGUCGAUUCCUCCAGGGCGACAAAACUGCGACAUGUAGCUGGUAUGACUCAGAGAGCUUCAAUCAUAGUCUGCCCGAGAUACUUCACGAACAAGAAGGAUGGACUCGCGCAGUUGACGAAGUAGACCCUGGUACUUGGGGUUUCUUACCAUUCUUUCCCCCGGAUGACAGCCCAACCAACCAUGAAUCUCCCCUCGGUCCUCGUCCCGUAUUCCCUCUACAUAACGUGUGGCCUCUCCCUCGUGCUGAAAGAUGUAUGAAGACCACUUCAUUCCUGAUCACUCCCGAGAAGCUCGAGAAAAUGAAGCAGGAUGUAAUUGCAGACCCAGAAGCAAAGGGUGUGAUUACAUCUAUCAGCGACAUAGUGCAGGCAUUCUUCUGGCGUACUGCCAUCAGAGCACGAUACCGCGUGGCCAAGGAGAUCCGAAGACAAACUUUUGGCCCGGAUGAGAUGUCGAUUCUCGAAUUACCAACGGAUGGUCGUCCAUACUUCUCUACCCGCCUGCCAUCUACAUAUAUGGGAAGUGUCCUCAUUAUGAACCGCUGCAGUAUUCCUGUGGAAACCCUUUGCUCUCCUGACACAAGUAUCGGGUAUGUCGCAUACAUGCUCCGCCAGUCUACAGCACGCAUUACACCAUCGCUCGUGCACGAUGCCUUCACAAUCUUGCAGUCUCUUCCAGACCACAGCCGAUUCUCAACUGCGAAUAUGGGCCUUGAACACAUGCACGCCAUGAUAUCCAAUAUGAUGCUCUUCCCCACAAGUGAGAUAUCUUUCGGCAGCAAGUUCUUUGCCAACGGAGGAUCCCCGGAGUCUAUGCGGCCACAGGUUGAUCGCGCUAAUGGCAUCUUCCGAUUCCUGGCCAUCUAUCCCAUGAAGAAGGAUGGAGGCGUCGAGCUUGUUCUUGGAACCCAUGCGGAGGAAUUGGAAAUGUUCAAAACCGAUGCAGAGUUUACCAAAUAUGCAGACCUCGUUGAUGUCUGCUGA